UAAUCGUGUAGCAAAACGAUUUACUCAAGCGGUUUAACAAAAGGCGAAUUAGGAACUGCAUAAUUAAGUGAAUAGAAUCAAUAUAUGAGGCUUGCAUAGCGGUCAUCUAUGUUUGUUUGCAAGCAAAAUAUAAUACUCAACAGCGCAAUUUAGAAGAAAUUUUUAUAUCAGUUUACAUAUCUCUGAGGUUUUUUUUAAAGGGAUUCCUGCAUUGAAAAUGAUAUUUUAGUGAUACAUUCCUAUCAUGCCAAUAAUAACGAAAGUCGCAUUCUUUUGCUUCGAAAGAUAUGGAAAACAGUCAUACCCUUCAAAUUCUUCUACAGCUUCCCUGUUCCUCCUUCUCCACUUCUGCUUUCCUUUCCGUCUCGAUGUUCAAACUCGCGCCAGUCUAUAUUUUUGUUAUGAUGUCAUAAGAAAGUAUGAACCAAGCUGGCCGAUAAUUCUUGUACCAGAAAAAUGCGUAAAUAAGUUCUUGUGGUAAACGAGCUCAUUUCACAUGUCAAUAAUGGCGGAAUCUUCAACUGUAAAAACGGCAGAGGAUAUUUUACAAUACCUUUUUGAGCCAGUCGUUAUAUCAGAGGGUGGGGAAGAUGAAUGGACUGACUGCAGUAGCGAGGCAAAUGAGAGUGAUGUAGAAAGAGAGAUGGGAAAACAGGGAAGAUGCGACGUGGAAAGUGAAACGUGGUGCAAAUGUGGACAUUGCCAAAAAAAGUAUUUUCCUAUUGAAUGCAUUUGUUGUGUAGAGGUCGAAGAAACAAAACGGAUGAUUGAAAAGGAGAAUAUUGGCUGUAUAAUUGAUCAUCCAGGUUUUAGUCCAGUGUGCCUUAACGUCGAGGUUUUGUGGACAUCGCUGGUGAACUUGGCAGAUAGAGAAGGAGCUUAUUUGCCGCGCAGGAAUAACGUUCCAAACAAAUCGUAUAGAUAUGCAGCAUAUAGACAGUUUACCUGGUGGAUACAUGAUAAGUUAGGUCGCCAUGUUAGACGGGUUAUACCAUCUUGCGCUGUUAGCCGUAUAAGGGCCGAAUUCGAAGAAGAAGACGGCAACUACACUUUUUUUAGAGGACACGACGAUAAGGCUAGUGAGAUUGUAAAUGCAAUGGAAUGGGUGAGAGAUGGUGGUAACUGAACAGUAAAAAAAAAAAAUAUUUACACUUUUAUUUUAAUAUUUAAAUCGUUUGUAUUUCACA